AUGGACUGUAACUAUAAUGAUUUCUGCAAAGAAGAGAAUGGAAAUUUACCUUAUGGCACACUUACUUUAUUUUUUGAGGUAUAUUUACUUAAUUUUUGAAUCUAUAUAGUUGAAUAAUUUACAUACCACAUUUUUUUUUUAACUUCGUUUUAUUUUUAAAUUAUAAGCAUAGAGUGUGCUUAGAAUCUCUAAGCAAGAUGUGCGUUCUGGUUUUAUUCUAUGAUUUGACUUGAGCUUUUUUAUUUUUUUUUCAUUUCCACGAACAAGAGAACUUAAUGUAGAUAACAUUUUUAUUUAUCCAAAUAUUUAAUAUAAUAUCCAUCAUGUUGUACUAAUUGGAUAUAACGAAAAGUUAAGCAUAAUAUAGUUAUUUUAUGUAAUUAUCUUAUAAAGUUCAAAAUUGUUGUAAAAAUUGUAGACAUCUCAGCAUUUUAAAUCAAACUUAAUUGAACUUCGUUGAACUGGUAAGGUUAGCAUAUUUUUAAAAUAUUAUAAUACCAUUGAGUAUAUUAUAGACUUUAUUCUGUAGAGAGAUCAUCUUACCUAUAUGAGGUCUAAUUCGUUUUGUUCGUUUUGACCAAUAAUGUACACCAAAGCAUUUGUUUUGAAAAAGUGUCGCGGUACACGUUGUUUGUUUAAAAAAAGUGUUGAUUUGGCGUGUACACUAUUCACACUAGCAAAUUAGUAGGUAUGGAAUCGGACUUUUGGUGUGGAGCCAGCUUAUAAUCGUGAUCGUAUAUUUCCUUAUCACUAUACGGCUAUUGACCACCGACAUAACGAUUUUAAGAUUAAAUUACUAAUUGGUAAUUACAUUAUGCGAUUUGCAAACAUAAGUAUACACUAUUCAUCUACUAAAAAAAAAAAAAAACAAUUUAAUCUAAUAUUUGCGAUUCUAACAUUACAAUAAAAACGAACGCAUUUAACAGUAAACCGUAAAAACAAUGGUGAUGUUGUUUUAGACGAGGAAAAUUUGCUGAAUUUUCCACUUUCCACACCUAAAACGUUUGUUUAGAAUUGGCACACUAUACACCACACCGAACACUUGUACACUAUAGUGUUCACACUAAAUUUUUAAAAUAAACAAAGCUAUUAAAAAGUAUUGAGACUGAACUUGGCACAUAACGGUUUUAUGCUAGUUAUGAUUUAUUGUUGUAUAGAGACAUAAAUAAAAUAUUUUUAUGUAUUCUACCUUCCCAUCGGCAUUCUCAGCUAUUUUAAAAUUGAAACUAUAAAUAUGAUAUUGGUCGAUGGUGCUUGUUAAAAUAUUUUAAUAUCAUUGAGUAUGGUAUUAGCUUUUUUACUCUAUAGUGAGACCAUCUUCCCUAUAUGAGGUCUAAUUAGUAAAAAGUAUCGAGACUGACAGUAUUACUUGUAAACCUGAUUAAGUAUGAACGCACACUUGCUGUACUUAUCGAACUUUAUAUAUUAGAAAAACAUAUUUGUGAUAGAUACGAUUAAACUUAAUUUAGUCGGCUGUUAGAAGCAAUCAAAUAAAUUGUGUUUUACGUCUUGUUGGAUUCUAUUAUGAGCGAAAAUUUAGAACAAUGUGUGUGUGCGUACAAUUUUGCCAUACACUUGGGAAAACAGCCACUGAAACACUGGUUGAGUGUUAUAAUUAGUUUAUGAUGAUGAGACUAUGUCACGUUCUUGCAUUUUUGGUUUGAAGAGGGUAGAACAAUUUUUGAAAGUGAUGCAAGUGAAGGAUGGCCUUAAACAAACCACAAUGAAAAAAUGAUCCAAGAUCAUCUAUCUAGUAUAAUUAUAUAUCUAUAAAUAAUAACUUAAUAAAAUGCUUGUUUGCAGAUAACUGUUGUGGAUAUUGUUAAAAAGCGUGAUCAGUUCUGCUCAGUCAAAGUGCCAGAAUUCUGUUUAAACAAAGAUCGAGAAAAUGUAUUUGAAAGACGAAAAUUCUGUGACAUUACAUUAUUGGUUGGUGGGCGGGAUUUCCAAAUAUAUAAAAAUAUCCUUUCUGGUAAUUAUUUUAAUCACAUUAUUUUUCUUAUAUACAGCAAUAUUUUUUCAAAUAGUGUAUUAGUUAAUGUGUUUAUUUAGAAAGAAGUAAUGUAUUUGCUGCAAUAUUCGAUAAUGAGUAUGCAAAAAGUAAACGAAAUCGGUCCCCCAUUAUUAAUGUAGACCAUGACGUUUUUGAAGAAAUAUUGAUAUUUAUGUACACUGGUCGAACAAAAAAAAUAUAA